CCGAGUGUGUGUGCGCGUACCUGAGGCUCCUUCUCGUGACGUCAUCGUCCUUCGUCCUCGCGCCCGAAAACUGCUCCGUGAAGAAGUGAGUGCUUGGAGGAGGAGCUGUCAAAGUUGGAGAGUGGAGAGAAAAAGGAAAGGAGAAGAAGAAGAAAAUUAGUAGCGCGUCUUUCUGUUCGUCCAAGAAUUAGAGAACCUCGGCGCUUUUCCUCGGUAACGUUGUCCCGAAGACGAUGGCCGUCCGCCCGCUGGACUGGCGGAUGACGCUCACCUCUCUGCUCUGCCUGGGCUGCUCGGUGCUGGCGGACAAGAAAGUGUGCCAAGGCAUCACCAACCGUUUGAACCUGCUGGGCUCCAAAGAGGACCACUACCUAAACAUGGUGAAGACCUACAGCAACUGCACCGUGGUUCUGGAAAACCUGGAGGUCACAUACAUGGAGGAGCACCGCGACCUGUCCUUCCUCAGGACGAUAGAAGAAGUGGGCGGCUACGUCCUCAUCGCCCUCAACACGGCCUCCAAGAUUCCGUUGGACAACCUGCGAAUUAUCCGUGGCCACUCGCUGUACGAGGGAGGUUUCGCCCUCACCGUGCUGGCUAAUAAUGACAAAGCCACAGGUCAGGGCACCAGCAAGCUUCUUCUCAAUAGCCUCACAGAAAUACUCAAAGGAGGUGUGAAGUUUGGGAAGAACCAGCUGUGCAACGUGGAGACCAUUCAGUGGUACGACAUUGUAAAUGUGGACAAUAAACCCAAAAUGGAGCUGCCGGCAGCCAGCAACAACCAGCUUUGUAAAAAAUGUCACUCGAGCUGCUUUAACGGAUCCUGUUGGGCACCUGGGCCCCAAAACUGUCAGACUUUCACCAAGCUGAACUGUGCACAGCAGUGCUCCAAGAGGUGCAGAGGACCUUCACCCAGUGACUGCUGCAACGAGCACUGUGCUGCAGGGUGCACGGGACCCCGGCCCACCGACUGUUUGGCCUGUCGGGACUUUCAGGACGAUGGGGUGUGCAAGGACUCCUGUCCGGGCCUCAUGCGCUACGACCCGAACCUGCACCAGCUGGUCCCCAACCCGCACGGAAAGUACAACUUCGGCGCCACCUGUGUCAAGAGCUGCCCACAUAACUACGUCGUGACAGACCACGGUGCGUGCGUAAGGGCCUGCAGCGGCAACACUUACGAGGUGGAGGAGGGCGGGAUCAGGAAGUGUGCCAAGUGUGAUGGACUGUGCCCUAAAGUGUGCAACGGACUGGGCACAGGCCACCUGACACACACCCUGUCCAUCAAUGCCACCAACAUUGAUUCGUUCAAAAACUGCACCAAAAUAAAUGGCAACAUCGCUUUAAUUCACACGUCCAUUCACGGAGAUACGUACACCAAAACACCAAAGAUGGACCCCGCCCAGCUGGACGUGUUUAAGACAGUAAAAGAAAUAACAGGAUACCUGUGGAUCCAAACAUGGCCGACGAGCAUUAACUCCCUCAGGCCAUUCGACAACCUGGAGAUCAUCCGAGGACGAACCAAGCGAGGAAGCCGCAGUGUGGUGAUGACUCAGCUGGACAUCAGAUACUUGGGGCUGCGAUCACUUAAAGAAAUCAGCGACGGAGAUGUGGUCAUCAUUAAGAACAAGAACCUUUGCUACACCAACAGUAGUCACUGGAAGGGGCUCUUCAAAUCCGAGACCCAGGCUGCUAUUGUGGACGAAAAUGCUGACGUGGACACAUGUGCUCAGAGAAACGAUACUUGUGAUCGGAAGUGCACCGCCAAAGGAUGCUGGGGACCCGGCCCCGACAUGUGUUUUGCCUGCCGGGACUUCAGUCGUGACAGGAGCUGUGUGGACUCCUGCAACAUCCUAGAGGGGGAACCACGCGAGGUUGUCGAGAAGAAGAAGUGCGUGUAUUGUCACCCGGAGUGUCAACAUAUAAACGGAACAGCAACCUGCAGCGCUCCAGGUCCUGCCAACUGCACCAAGUGCGCCAACUUCAGGGAUGGACUCUUCUGCGUCGCCCGCUGUCCUCAAGGUGUGCCAGGCGAGGAUGACGCUCUUGUGUGGAAAUAUGCUGACGACUUGAAAAUGUGCCAGCUGUGUCACCCCAACUGCACCCAAGGGUGCAUGGGGCCUGGUCUCCAAGGCUGCCAGGGGAAAAUCCCUUCAGGCCUGUCUAUGAUUGCGGCAGGUGUGGUCGGCGGCCUUCUUGCGGUCCUCAUCGCAGCACUGUCGGUGUUUGUAAUCCUACGUCGACGCCACAUCAAGAGGAAGAGGACCAUGCGCAGACUUCUUCAGGAGAAGGAGUUGGUUGAACCUCUGACUCCAAGCGGCGAGGCACCCAACCAAGCACUACUGCGCAUCUUGAAGGAACCCGAAUUCAGGAAAAUCAAAGUGCUGGGUUCAGGGGCUUUUGGUACAGUUUACAAGGGUCUUUGGGUACCAGAGGGAGAGGACGUGAAGAUCCCUGUGGCCAUUAAGGUUUUGAGAGAAGCCAAGUCGCCCAAAGCCAACAAAGAGAUUUUAGAUGAGGCGUAUGUGAUGGCCAGCGUGGAGCAUCCGCACGUAUGCCGCCUACUGGGUAUCUGCCUGACAUCCACGAUCCAGCUCGUCACCCAGCUGAUGCCCUUCGGCUGCCUGCUAGACUACGUCAAGGAGAACAAGGACAACAUCGGAUCGCAGUACCUCCUCAACUGGUGCGUGCAGAUUGCAAAGGGUAUGAACUACCUGGAGGAACGCCAUUUGGUCCACCGCGACUUGGCGGCCAGAAACGUCCUCGUGAAGACCCCUCAGCAUGUUAAGAUCACCGACUUUGGCCUGGCCAAGCUGCUUAACGCAGACGAGAAAGAGUACCACGCUGACGGAGGAAAGGUACCCAUUAAGUGGAUGGCUCUGGAGUCUAUUCUGAACAGAACAUACACACACCAGAGUGAUGUAUGGAGCUACGGUGUGACGGUGUGGGAGCUGAUGACGUUCGGGACCAAACCGUACGACGGCAUUCCGGCCAGUAAAAUAGCCGGCGUGCUGGAGAAAGGCGAGCGGCUGCCUCAGCCUCCAGUCUGCACUAUUGAUGUCUAUAUGAUCAUGGUCAAAUGUUGGAUGAUCGAUGCAGACAGCCGACCACGGUUCAGAGAACUAAUAGCAGAAUUCACAAAAAUGGCACGGGACCCUCCUCGUUAUCUCGUCAUCCAGGACGAUGAGAGCAUGCACUUGCAGAACCCUGCCGACAAUAACUUCUUUCGCAGACUGGUCAGUGGCGAGGACAUGGAGGACGCUGUCGACGCCGAUGAGUACCUCGUGCCACAGCACGGAUUCUUCGCCAGCCCGAGCACAUCUCAAACGCCGCUGCUCCACUCUACUAAUGGAUUACCCAGCAGAGGCGGAAGCAUAUUGCUUCGCUAUAUUCCAGACCCCACAGAUCAACUUUUAGACGUUGCAUUCCAGCCUGCUCCAGACUACAUGAACCAAAAAAACACAUCGUCAGACAUGAUGAACCCUGUCUACCAGCAACCCGGACCUCCCCGCGGCCUACUCCCCACCAUCUCCUCAGACGACACAGAGUCUGAGUACCUGAACUGCUUCAAGAACAGGCCCAACGGACCCGAGUACCUCAAUGAAUUUCCAUCCGCCGUCGUAGCCCCGAUUACUUCAAACGGAGCGCUUGUACACAAAUACAAGCCGCAGAACAGCAUAGACAACCCCGAUUACCAGCACAGUUUCACGCCCACCUUUAAGACCCACACCAACGGACACGUGCCGGCAGCAGAGAACGCAGAGUACUUGGGCCCGGACUGACGGACCCCACCGAGAGCGGAGAACUGAAUGGAGAACAUUUCAUUUUGUGGUGCCAGCAGUUAUCAGCUAGGUUGUUUAUUUUCUUCAAACCAAACACACACCACAACCUAAGAGACCCAUGUGUGGAAGUCAAAACCUCCCGUGACUUUGUGGGGAGAUGACGGGAAGGAAGGAAGGCGAAAGCAUCCAAAAAGCGGAACUGAAAUCAGAAGGUCACGUCAAAACCGACUUUGGUGUCACCUCCUACAAACGAGUGUAACCUGGAGCUCUUCCGCUACUCUGCAGCUGACCAUGAGCUCAAAAGUGUCCUGUGUUGGAUUGACUUCCUGGAUGAGGACGCAAGAUAGCGAAUGUGUGAGCAUUCACUAUUCAAGGGGGAAACUGGUGAACUCCAACUAAACAUGUCACAUUUAUACUUUAAUUAAUGAAGAAUAAGUUCCAAACGCUGCCUGUUAGUCUUUGGUGCAGUUCGCUUAGCGUUCGGAGUGAGAUUUUUGUCAUGGGACAAACUGCUGUGCAGAAAACAUAAAGGACUUGAUAGGGCAGCUUUUGUGACAUCUGAAAUAACUUCAAUAUUCCAAACUAAAAUGCAGUCUGCUGGGUUGAGUAUGUAGUUUAUUUUUAUAAUGGGUAACACUUUAUAAUAAAUACACACUAAUGAAAGCAUUAGUAAAUACUGAUGUCAUCAUUUAUAAUGCAUAUUUCCUACAUGAAUGCUCAUUAGAAUGCAGUUAAUAAAAACGGUUACGAGUUUCUCUUAUGAAUACUCAUUAAAUUGUUGUGUAAAACGACA